AUGAGUUCAAUUAUUGCUUGUUCAAUUUCAAAAUUGGUCAUGUUAGGAUUGAAAAGAACACUUUCUUCGUACCUUCGACUUGAUGGGAUAAAAAGAAGAAGAAAUGUAAACAGCAAUCAAAUAGAAACGGAAAGCCCAGGUUCACAAUGUGGAAUUACAAAACAAAUAGCAAAUAAGAGCGUAUGUCAAAAUGAACAAUAUUUAUGCUGGAAAACACGAAGGAACACAAUUUAUGUGUGCAUCAUUGAAUUAUCUUUAGACUUUGCGAAAUUUAUAUAA